CCCAAUGAUGUGAGCAGUGGGUGUGGCUAUACCCAGUAUGUUAUUACAUGGAGCUGUACAAAUAUACGGCAUAUAGUGAGUAGGCCCCUAAGUGCAGUGAUGGAGGCUGCUGAUCUGAGAGCUGAGCUGAGCUGCUCCGUCUGCCGGGACAUUUAUACCGACCCUGUAACCCUGCCCUGUGGGCACAACUUCUGCCUCAUCUGUAUUGGGAAAACCUGGGACUGGCAGGAGGGGGUAAAGGAAGAUCCUUCCUGCCCUGAAUGUAGGCAGAGAUACAGGAGGAAACCUGAGCUGAAACGGAACCUGACACUGCGGAACAUCGCAGAGCGAUUCCUUUCUACUGACCCAGAGCCGGACGGGACUGAGAAUUCUGGGAACAGAAUAUGCUCCACCCACAACAAACUCCUGGACUGUUACUGCUGUGAGGAUGGGGCCCCUAUCUGUGUGUCCUGCUACCUGGCCGGGGGGCACCGGGGCCACAGGGUGGAGCUGCUGAGUGAGGCCUCUGAGAAGAAGAAAGAGAAACUGAGGAAAGUU